GGCUCGCCCACAUCGGCGUCGGCCAUUUUGAAAUUUUCUGUCGCUUGACAGACCGGGUGGACGAAUAAUUUGUGUUUUAUUCUUCUACACGGCAAUAUUUAUUGCUAAAUUUGUGUUGAUGAAGUGAAUAAACAACUAAAACCAUGGCACGAUACGGUCAAAGACCGGAAAAUGCCCUCAAACGGGCCAGUGAAUUUAUGGACUUGGACAAGCCCGCACGGGCUUUGGACACCUUGCAAGAGGUGUUCCGUAACAAGAAAUGGGCCUACAACUGGUCGGAGUCUGUCUUGGAACCGAUCAUGUUCAAGUAUUUGGAGCUUUGCGUGGACCUUCGCAAGUCCCAUAUUGCGAAGGAAGGCUUGUUCCAGUAUCGAAAUAUGUUCCAGUCCGUGAAUGUUGGGUCUUUAGAGCAAGUCAUAAGAGGCUAUUUACGAAUGGCUGAGGAGCGGACUGAAGCUGCCAGAGCGCAGUCGACUCAGGCUGUCAUCGAAACCGAUGACUUGGAUAACCUAGCCACUCCGGAAAGUAUACUCCUCAGUGCUGUAUCUGGUGAAGACGCUCAAGAUCGAUCCGAUAGAACUAUUCUUACUCCAUGGGUGAAAUUCCUCUGGGAGUCCUAUUGUCAAUGCCUAGAGCUGCUCCGAACGAACGCUCAUGUGGAGACUUUGUACCAUGACAUCGCUCGCAUGGCCUUCCAGUUCUGUCUGAAGUAUUCCCGUAAGACGGAGUUCAGGAAGCUUUGCGACAAGCUGCGUAAACAUCUGGAGGAUAUUUGCAAGCCAACCGUGCAAACUGGAAAUGUGAGCAUCUCCAAGCCUGAGACUCAGCAGCUCAAUCUGGAAACUAGACUUUUCCAACUGGACAGCGCUAUCCAGAUGGAAUUGUGGCAGGAAGCCUACAAAGCGAUCGAGGACAUCCACAACCUCAUGAACAUGUCUAAAAAGACUCCGGUGGCCAAGACCAUGGCCAACUACUACGGCAAGCUGGCACUGGUCUUCUGGAAGGCUGGCCACUGCUUGUUCCAUGCCGCUGCUCUGCUCAAACUGUUCCAACUGUCCAGGGAGAUGAAGAAGAACAUCACGCAAGAGGAGUUGCAGAAGAUGGCCUGCCGAGUGUUGGUGGCAGUGCUAUCAGUGCCGCUGCCGUCCCUGCAUCCCGAGUUUGACCGCUUCGUCGAGACCGACAAAAGUCCAGUCGAGAAGGCUCAGCGACUGGCCGUAUUGUUGGGGCUGGCUCAACCACCGACUCGCACCAGCUUGCUGAAGGACGUGGUUCGCCUCAACGUGGUGGCGCUAGCAUCGCCGCAGCUUCAGCAGCUGUAUUCGUGGUUGGAAGUGGAGUUCGACCCGUUAGCCAUCUGCCACAACGUCAAGGGCGUCAUCAAGUCUCUGCAGGAGGAGCCCAACUCCCCGCUGGCCCAAUACACUUCAGCGCUCAACGACGUGGCCCUAGUGCGUCUCAUCCGGCAAGUGGCGCAGUGCUACGCCUGCGUGCAGUUCGCGCGGCUGCUGCAGCUGGCCGCCACCGACGACCUGUUCCACCUCGAGCGGCUGCUGGUGGACUGCGUGCGCCACAACGACAUGCAGAUCCGCGUCGACCACGCCAACAAAUGCGUGCACUUCGGCGUAGAGGCUGGCGGCGGCGAGUGGUGUUCUGCCGCCGACGAAGCUUGCGGCGGAGCCAUCCUCCAAGCUACUCCGGCUGAACAGGUCCGCGAGCAACUAGUCCGCGCCGCCGAGGUGCUAUCCCGGGCGGUCACAACACUAUUCCCGGAGCGCCAACGCGCGGCCCGGGAGCGUGCUCGCGCGCACAUGGUGCAGCACUACCACGAGAACAAGCACGCUGAGCACGCGCGCGUGUUGCAACGCCACAAGAUCAUCGAGGAGCGCAAGGAGUAUAUUGAAAGGCUGAACACUGUGCGCGAGGAGGAGGAGCUCAGACGCCAAGAGGAGCAACUACGCGCUGCCGCCGCAGCCGAAGCGCGUCGCCUCGAGCAAGAGAGAGAAGAGAGAGAAAAGAGAAAGCAUGCUUCCGAGCUCGCCGCCAUGAAGGAACGGCACCGACGCGAGCGCAUGGCGCAUAUCUCGCAGACCGCGCACGGGAAGAAGAUGCUGCAGAAACUGGAUGAGGAGGAAAUCAAAAAGAUGGACGCCGAAGCUAUCGCCCAGAGGGAGGCUGAGGAGUUGAUGAAGGAGCGCCGCGAGCUGCAGGCCAGGCUCAAGUCGCAGGAGAAAAAGGUGGAUUACUUCGAGCGAGCCAAGCGCUUGGAGGAGAUUCCACUGCUGCAGAAGAGUUUAGAAGAGAAGCAGGUCCAGGACAAGGCCUUCUGGGAGCAACAGGAGAAGGAGCGCAUUCAACAGCUCAUCGAGGCGCGUUCCCGCGACGUAGCUACUGCCACGCGCCUCGCCCGAAUGCACGAGCACCGAGACGAGUUCAUCGCUCGACUUCAAGCCGAGCGCGGCGCGGCCCACCACCAGCGCCUGGCCGCCUUCCGCGACAAGCUCGCCGCCGAGCGCGACAAGCGGCUCGCCGAGCGCCGCCGAGCGCGCCGCGAGCAACGCCGCCAGGAGUGGUUGGCGGAGAAGCAACGCGAAGAAGAAAGGAUCGCAGAAGAAGCUCGUCGCGCGAAGGAAGAAGAGGAACGCCGCGAGAGAGAGGAGCGCGAACGUCGCCAAGCGGAGGAGCUGGCCGCGCAGAGGGAGCGAGAAAGGGAGAAAGAGAAGGAACAUCUGGAGAUGCUCUCCCGCCAAGAGGCCAAGGCCCGCGCGAAGGAAGCCGACGUACAGCGCAGGCUUGAAGAGCAGAAGGCCGCCACUAUGUCCAGCUGGCGCCGUGGUGGCGCCCCCGAAAGCAAGGAGGACGCCGGCGGCGGCUGGCGCUCCAAGACCGACUCCAAGGCGCCCGAGAAGAAGCCCGAGCCCUGGCGCCCCAGCCGCUUGCGCGAGGGCCCGCGUGAAGAUCGCGUGCGCUCUCCGGAGCGUGGCCGCGUGGACAGACCGCGUGACGAUCGCUCGCGGGAAGACCGCCCGCCGCCGCCUAGGGAGGACAGGCGCGAGGAUCGUCCCAGGGACGACAGAUCGCGGGAAGACCGCCCGCUGCGGGACGACAGGCCUCGCGACGACCGGCCCAGGGACGACCGGCCCCGGGAAGAAGGCGGCUGGCGCUCGGCCAACCGCGAGCCAGAAAGAGAGAGGCCUCGCUACGGUGGACGGUCCAGCGGCCCUGACGCUGGCACCUGGCGCCGCGGCCCUGCGGAGCCCCCGCCGUCGGCUGAGCGCCCUUCCGCCUGGCGCUCCAAGGACGGUCCGCCGCGCGAGGACCGUUUCCGCGACGGUCCGCGACGCGACGAUCGGGACGGGCCGCGACGCGACGAUCGCGAUGGGCCACGGCGCGACGAUCGCGACGGGCCAAGGCGUGACGAUCGCGAUGGGCCACGACGCGAUGAUCGUGACUUCCGUGACCGCGACCGUUACCCGCCAAGGGAUGGACCGAGGAGGGAUGACCGUGACGGACCACGGCGCGAUGACCGCGACGGGCCCCGCCGCGACGAUCGCGACCGCAGACCGCCGCCGCCGCGCCGCGACGAGAAACCCCGCGACCCAGACGGUGACGACUGGCAGCCCGUCACCCGCCGCUAAAGAAGCCCACUGUGUCGAUAUUAUAUCUGUGAAGGGUUCAGUAGCAUUCACUAACAAAACCUUUUUAUUUUUAGACCUGAGUCAGU